AUGUUUCACUCGUCCAGGUCGGCAUUUCUGCAGCUCCCAAGUAUUCCCUAUGGAAUAAGCAACCUUGAGUAUCAAUCGUUCCUCGACUUCUUAAUGGACGAGCGCCAAGCCUAUAAGAAAAUACCAGAUGAUAGAUUCAGCAUAGAUGCGUGCGUUUGUACCGUGCUACCCGUCAAUUGUUGA